AUGAACAAAAUAUUUGUUUUAUUCUAAAUAACAAUUUAUUAGUUCUUGAUAAUAAGACAUUUAAUUUUAAAAAUUACAACAAUACCAAUAAAUUCAAGGAAUAAGGAAAUUAUCAAUCUUGUUUAACCUCAAUUGAGGGAGAUAAAUUUGUUUUUAUUAAUGAUAAAUAAAAAAUAAUGUAAUAUUCAGCAUAGAGUAUUUCUGAAAUUUAAAUUGAUUUAAUUUUAGAUAACAUAUUCUAUAUAAAUUAUUUACCUUAAUAGUAAUAAUUAGUAAUUAGUACAGAGAAGAAUAAUAUAAUGCUUUGGGAUUUUAAAGCUAAAAAGAUUGUUGGAUCUUUAAAAGGACAUUAAAAAAGAAUAAAUUCAAUUGCAAUUUCAGUAAAAUGAAUCUUAAGACGUAUAACAAGCUCAUGAAUAUUAAAUAAGUGCUUUAGCAUUUUCUUAUGAUUGUUAAUUAAUAGCAUCAUCAAAUAUAAAAGGAGUUGAACCAAAUGUACCAAUCUUCCUUUGGAAUUUAAGUGAAAAAAAGUUAAUGAUUCAAUUAAAGGGACAUUAAGAUUCUGUUAAUUGUUUAGAAUUCUCAAAAUGUACUAAGUUUUUAGUGUCAGGAAGUAGUGAUGGAAAGAUAAUAUAUUGGAAUAUUGAAUAUCCAUAAGCUGCCAAAAUUUUAUAUGUUAUAGAUGAAUUUAAUCACUCUAUUAAUUCUUUAAGUAUUUCACCAAAAGAAUAAACAUUUGUAGCAUUUUGCAAUUUAAAUAACAUUUAAAAAUGGAAUUUUGAGAAAAUUGAACGAUAUUAAAAAAAUUAUGAUAGAAGUAUAACUUUAAGUUCAAAUUUAGACUAAUACAACUUUAUUUCAAAUGAUUAAUUCAUUUAUUUAGAAAAAGAAAAAAAUUAAUUGACAAUUCUAAAUAUUGAAUCUAAGAAAGAACUUAUUUUGGAAGAGAAUUCAUAAGUAACUUAAAUUAUAACUUCUAAAAAUGGUGAAUAUAUUUUAUGUUUAGAAAAACAAGGCGUAUAUGUUUGGAAGAAAAAAAAUAAUGAUAAUCAAUGGUACAAAUAAAAUUUAUUUAUUGAAAACUCAAUGUUCUUUUUACUUUCCCCUAAUAAUUAAUAUUUAUUUUAGAUAAAAGAUACUAUUGUUGAUAGUCAAAAAAAGAAAAUUACAACAAUUAAUUUUCAAAAAUUGGGGAAUCUAAAGAGAAUAUUUUUACAUGAUUUCAAAAAUUUGGAAUCUUAGUUUGAAAAAUUAAAUAUUAAUUUGAAAAAUAAUAAGUAUUAGAUGUGAUAUUUUCAAUAGAUUUAAAACUCACUAUAAUUAGUUUUAAUUGGAAAAUAACAAUAUUUGAUACAUAUAACCGAAAUGAUUUUAAAAUUAUUGAAGUAAGUUAAGUACCAAAAAAUAUUUAAAUAUCUGAAGAUAAAAAAUAUUUAGCUUGUUAUAAUGAAAAUUAGGAAUCUUAAGUAAACAGCAUUUGCAUAUGGCAGAUUGAAAAUUUAAAUAAUCCUCCUAUUUAUCUAAAAUUUUCAAAUGGUAAUUUGAGAAAAUAUUAAUUUUGUGGUAUUGAUUCAUCAAAAAUCUAUGCAAUAUAUUCUGAUGGAACUAUAUGGGAUUGGAAUGUUAAUAAAUAAACAUAAUAAUUGGUAUUAGAUCAUAAAUCUGAAAUAAUAAAGAAUGAUUUCAUAACCUUUUCUAGAAAUCUUCGAUUUUUAGCAAACUAAAGUUUAGAGUAGUAAUAAAUAGUUGUAUAUGAUUUCUCUAGAUAGGAAUGUAUUUAGUAUUAAGUUGGAGAUAUCAAUAAAAUUUAGUUUUCUUAUAAUGAAGAAAUGCUUGUUGUAGCCUUUUCUAAAUUUUGGAUUACUACAAAUUAUUUUAAGUUAUUAAUUAUAGAAAAGAAUUAAAAACCAUACGAGAUCGAUUUGGAUCUUUAAUCUUAAAUUGUAAACAUAUCUUUUUCAUUGAAUUAAAUAAUCUUUAGUUCUAAUAAAUCAAUUUAAUUAUGGAAUUUAAAUUAAAAUUUAGAGGCUUCAUAGUUAGGUGAAUGGAUGGUACCAGAUUUUGUUUAUUCAUUUGAAUUUGAUUUUUCAAAAUCCGAAAUAGCUUUAAAAUUGGAGAAUACAAUAAUGGUAAUCUAAUUAAAACCAACAGUCUUAAAAACUAACUAAUAGGAUAUCAUGAAUUAAAAAUGUAUUUGUAUUUCCCCUGAUAAUAAAUAUUAUGCAGUAUUAACAUCUUGUUUAGCAAUAUAUGAGGUAUAAAAUCUAAAAAAGUUAAAUAAAUAUAAUUAAUAUGAGGGGCAAAUGGUACAAUUUCAAUCAGAUAAAAUCUUAGUACUUGUGAAUAAAGAUAAAAUAUCAUUUAUUAAUAUUUCUGAACUUAAUAAAUUAGAAGAAAUUAAAAAGUGCACUUAACAUUAUUAAGUACCAGAUAGCACAAUAAAUUACUCUUACAAUUAUUAAAUAACAGAUAUCACAAUCAAUUCAAAAUACUCAUUAAUAUCGUUUAAAAAUAAUGAAAAUAAAAAGUAAUCAAAUGAUUAAAAUGAUGAAAAGGAAGAUGAUCAAGCUAAAAUUAUUGCAAUUAAUGUUGAUAAUGAUAAUGUUAAUAAAGAAAAAACCUUUUUUGAAGCUAUCUUUAGUUCUAUUAGAAAACCAAUUAUUACAGAAAAUGGAAAAUACUUUGCUUUAUGUUAAUAAAAAAAAAUUUAAAUAAUAAAUAGUGAAAAUUUGCUCUAAAAAAAAAGUCUACUUUUACAUGAAAAAGUUAAUCAAGGCUAGAUAUUUUAUUCUCAUGAUGGAGAAUAAAUAUUUUUAUUUACUCAUAAUUGUUUUUAAAUUUUGGAUCCUCAAACUUUGGCUUCAAUAAGUGAAUAAUAAAAAAUAGAUUUUGAAGUAACAGAUAUAUAAAUUUCUUAAAAUUGGAAAUAUUUUGCAUUAUUGAGUUCACCUAUUGUGAAAAUCUAUUCUUUACAUAACAAAAAAGAGCUUAAAAUAUUUAAAGAGAUAAAAGAAGAAGAUAUCAAUAUCAACUGUAUAUCUUUAUCUCCAAAAGGAGAUCUUCUUUUGAUUGGUGGGUAAUAAGACUCGACAAAUACAAAUACAAUUUCAUUAUGGUCGGUAGAAUAAGGUUAAUAAUAAGAUAUAAAUAAAUAUAUAAAUGAUAAAGUAAAAGUUAUCAAAUUUUGUCCAGAUGGAAUUAAUUUUGCUGCAGGAUUAUAAGAUGGAUCUGUUAAUUUAUACUUAAUAGAUAUUUCAUAAACAAAAUAUUUUAAAGAUCAUUAAAAUUAGAAUUCUAAGAGGUACAAUAUAUACUGUUAUUAAUCAUUUGCUUAGUAAUCUUUAUUAUUAGCUUAAGAAUGCUUUUUAAAUACAUCAUCCAAAUCCACUAAUUUACCAAAAUCAAUUAUUUAGUUGUUACUCUAAAAAGGGGCAAAAUAAUAAUGA